GAGAUGGUCCACGAGGAGGGUGACCGGCGCCUAGGUGCUGCUUUGCGAGCUCUGCGUGUUUCGACAGACGGUUCAUUGACGCUGAAUCAGUCCACCGCAGUGCUGGAGGCAUAUAUGGCCAGCUUCGUGCUGGGCGUGGAGAUGGAAGAUCUGCAGAGCAGCAGUAUGCUGGAGCUUGUCCAAGAGGUUCCAGAGCAAUACCCUACAUGGCCAGCAACACAGGAUUUCCUGCAGGAAGUUCAAGCAGAGGUGGUCGAGAAUUCCAGUAUGCUCUCCUUGCAAGACCUGUCGCAGGUUGUUGCUGCCGUUGAUGAAAGAUACGGACGAUGGCAAAGUCACGAAUGCAGAGCUUUGAAAGCUGAGCUUCUGCAGAUUGAGGAGCACCCCCGCACUGGCAGAGUUCGUUUGAGUGACUUCUACAGCAUGGCUCUCAAGGGCGGCCAGUGGCAAUUCAGCGAAAGUAGCUCAUACUUGCGGCAGAUCGGUGCCCUUGAUGAAACAGAUCCACAAUCUCUGCGCGUGGUGGUUCCAAACUACAUCCUGGGCUUCUCCAACUGCAUCGCUGCUUCCAGCUACUACAUGGUCUGCUGCAUCAACGAGUGUGAUGCGCACAUGGAAAGACUGGAGACCGUGCUGCAAGCUGACCAGGCGACUGUGGAGGAUAUCCUCGUGACGCUCAAUCAGACUGUUGCCCCAAGCCUGGAGCGUCGGUUGUCAGACAUUGCUGACCACCACGGCGGCAUGGUGCCCCUCCAUGGGCGCCUUUUUGCUCAGUGGCUCCACCACCUACAUCCCCAUGAGUGUCCUUAUCCGCACAUGUCGGGAACUACCAGCCCUCUCCGGCCAGAGGUUUUCGAGCAAGAAAUGGGCCUGCCGGCCGAAGCUUCUGAAGAGGAGAUGAUCCAACAUGUGGAAGCAGCGCAGUGGCGAGCCGCCCCGACACACGAGGAGGGGAUGUGCUCCAACAUGUGGUCUAUGGAAGAAGAGCUUAUCGACCCAGCUGCCCAUGGCUUGAUGCGGUUCCUGCAGAACGAGCAUAGCCAGGCUUUUGGCACGCAGCGUUUGGCUGCUGCCUUGGCAGCGCUUUGCCUCUUCAGCGCUUUCCGCUCUACUCUUGCUGCCACCAAAGGUGAAGCAGGGAGGCGAUGGCAAUCGGACUUAGGCGGCCUUCACUCGGACGGCGCGGCUGUUUACAGUGUCUAA